CACUCUCGUAAAUUUUAAACAAAACGUCCCAUAUAAUUGAUUUUGGAAAUGGGACUUUUCCGGUGAAUUAGUCGUAAGAGAAACUACAACACAAUUUCUGAGAACGGAAGUAGACGCGUCUUUGACGGUUUGGCUUGACACCCCGACGACAAGUCAACUACGAAAGCUAAACAUAUUGGUCGAUCAACAACCACAAGAUUUUCUCGAAAAGAUAAAAAGGAAAUAAUUUUUGAGUGCUUCAGUACCUUGUCUAUCUCUAAAAAUAAUCGCAUUUCUUUAUUUUUCUUUGCUGUUAAUUAAGAGUUCAAACAUGGCAGAAGCUUUCUUGUCCGCUAUUGCAGCAACGGUACUGGAGCAAAUAGCCACCGUUGUGUCAGAAGAAAUUCGCAUGGCCUAUAAUGUCCGAAACGAUAUCGAAAAGCUCAAGGAGACCAUGAGCCGCAUUCAAGCUGUGCUUUUGGAUGCUGAGCGGCAGCAACACGAAAAUGAAAGCUUACGCCGCUGUAUGUGGAAGCUUAAAGAAAUCUUUUACGAUGCUGAAGAUGUAAUUGAUGAUUUCAAGUGUAAAUCUCUUCGAGAACAGGUCGCCCAUGAUCACAACAUCAGCAAAAAGGUGCGAGCUUUAACUAAAGUACCUGGUCGUCCGUCCUCUUUAAAACUGCCUGGGAAACUGAAAGAUAUCAAUAAUAGGCUAAAUGAACUUGCUACUGAGUGGGACAGCUUUAAUCUGCAACAAUGUAGGGAAAACCGACAUGAUUUUUACACAGAGACCCACUCUUCUGUUAAUUCUUGGGAUGUUUGUGGUAGAGAUGAAGAUAAAGAGAAAAUUGUUCGUCUUUUGAUGAAACCAAGUGAGGAUCAAAAUUUCCCUGUUGUCUGCAUUGUUGGAAUUGGUGGACUAGGGAAAACUACGGUGGCUAAAUUGGUAUACAAUGAUGAUAGAGUUAUUUGUUAUUUCGAUGUGAAGAUAUGGGUGAGUGUUUCAGGGGAGGAAUUUGAUCUUCCCAGGUUGCUCAAAUUGAUGAUUCGCUCAAUAAGUAAAGAAGAAAAAUGUGAUACUUCCACGGUUGAAGCCUUGCAACACUGCUUGAGAGAUAUUUUGAUUUAUAAGAGCUUUUUGCUUGUUCUUGACGGUGUAUGGAGUGAAAAUCAAGCAAGUUGGAUUCAUUUAAGAGAUUUAUUGAGUUCAAUGGGUGGUUUGCCUAAAAGCAGAAUCAUUGUAACCAUCCGGAGUAUGAAGGUUGCUUCCAUAAUGAGUUCAGUUGAACCUUAUGAGUUGAAAGGUCUCCUUUUCGAAGAUUGUUUGAUUUUGUUCAAAAAAUGGGCUUUUAGAGAUGAUGAUGAGCAGCAACAUCCAAAUCUCAUGAGAAUCGGGAUGGAAAUAGUGGAAAAAUGCGAAGGGGUUCCUUUGGCAGUGAAAACAUUGGGAAAGCAACUAUUUACGAACACUAAAGAAUUUGAUUGGCAAUUUAUAAGAGAGUGUGAAAUAUGGAGGCUGGAGCAAAGUAAAGAUGAUAUUUUACCAGUGUUGAAGUUCAGUUAUGAUCAUUUGUCAUCUCAUUUGCAACAAUGUUUUACUUUAUUGUCAUUGUACAAAAAGAACGAGAUUUAUCAUAGUCAUGAAGUCAUCCAACUUUGGAUGGCAAAUGGACUGCUUGAGCAGCCAAAGGAAGAGCAAGAGUGGGAGGACGUUGGUGAUCGGUAUUUGAAUGAAUUGCUGUGGAGGUGCUUUAUUCAGAAGGAGACGGAUUAUGGCAAUUAUUUUACCUUCAAAAUGCACAACCUGAUCCAUGAUCUUGCAUUAUAUGUGUCUCAAAAAGAGUGUAUAACAGUGAAAUGCGAUCCAAAAGCUGUUGACAAAAAUGUUCGACAUUUAUCCUUUUGUGGUAGCAAGCUGCUAAGAGUUCCAGAAGCCUUGAAGGAUUUCAAAAAUGUUCGAACCGUACUCGUCCAAGAAGUUUCAGAGGAAUCAAAGAGAAUUCAUGAAUCCAUUAUAGAUCUUUGUGUCUCCAAUUUCAAGCACCUACGAGCACUUCGUCUACGUUGUUAUUCACCAUUGACAACUCUACCCAAUUCCAUUUGUUCCUUGAAGCACUUAAGAGACCUCGACUUGACUGGCUGUCGGAGUAUGGGGAAACUUCCGUUUUCUUUCUACAAGCUUCGUUGUUUACAAAAGCUGAAAAUAUCAGGUAUUCCUUUGAAGUACUUACCUGAUAGAAUGGAAAGCUUGAUUGAGCUUAGACAUCUAGAAAUAACUAUUAAAGCUAAGCAUUUGAAAGAAAUCCGGGAAGGAUGUUGGACUCGUCUUCAACACUUGGGCUUGAUUGAGUGUGAUAACUUAGAAUGUUUACCUAAAGGAUUGCAAUAUCUCACAUCACUUCGAAGACUUGAUCUCGUUAGUUGUUCUAAACUAGUCUCAUUACCACGAAGCUUGAUAUUUCUAACCAGAUUAGAAGACCUACGUGUAUCUUCGUGCAAAAAAAUCAAUUUACAAAUGGAACCAACGGAGUUUGAUGUUAAACGCCCUCAGUUGAGCCUCAAAACUUUAUCCCUCUGGGAUUCCGAUGAGUUGAAAGAUUUUCCACGAUUGCUUCUUCAAGGAUCUUCUUCCACUUUACAACAAAUACAAAUCGGAAUUUGCAACAAUUUCGAAGUGCUUCCGACUUGGCUAAGGAAUCUCACUUCACUUCGUAAACUUGAGAUUCUUAAUUGCCCGAAAUUAUCGGCUCUACCAGAGGGAAUGGAACGGCUUACCAGGCUUAGGCAACUAACAAUUAAACAAUGUCCAAACUUGAGCAUAAGAUGUCGACCAUAUGUUGGUGCAGAUUGGCGCAAAAUCGCUCACGUACAAGAUCGUGAUACUCCAGAAUAUUAAAUAAAAUGAUGUUUGAGGGACUAAAUUGAAGGAAAAAGGAAAUUUGGGGGCAAAAAGCAUAAAUUUAAAGACAAAACGGGUCAGCAUGCGAAAUAGGGAAGAAGUGGUGCCGAAAAUAUAAAGUGUGAAAGACUUGGAGCAAAAAUUCAAAUAAGAGAUUUAUGAACAUAAGACUUUAUUUAAAUUUGAAUUUUAUUUUUAGGAUUAUUAUGAUAUUGUUUAGAUUUAAUUUCAAAUUAUAUAUUUUAUUAUCUUCUAGAGUUUAAAUAGGAAUAAACAAGGUUUUUUUUGUACUAUAAAUAAGGGAUAGAGUGACAUGAAUACUCACUCAUCAUUCCUGUAAAAAAAACUCAUUCCCCCUAUGGCUUUUAGCCUUUUUGUUCUUUUUAUUUUCCAAUAAAAAUUCAUUCUAUUAAA